CCAAGCAUCUGACCGAGCUUCGGAUAAUAUUGUCACCUGCUCGAUCAACCAGACGAUCAACAGGCCCUAGGUAUAGAGAUGUGCGAGGGUGGACGGCCGGAAGCAUCCAUGGCCUCCGGCCCGCGGCGGCGGCCAGGCCUGAGCGGCCUUACGGAGGAAGAGGCUGCGGGAGGCGGCGGAGGAGCGGAGGCGACGCGGAGGAGGCCGAGAGGAUGGCGAGCCGUUGGCUUCAUCAUUGGGGUCUUCGCGGCAUCUAUUAUGGCGUCCAAUGCGUUCUCCAUUCCCCUCACGAGUUACCUGAUCAUCCGUUACAAUAUGAAACAGAAUGCCGCGACAAACUUGAAUAACAUCUUUUCUGGCACGUCCAAUUUCUCGCCCGUCGUUGGAGCCUUCGUUGCCGAUGCAUUAUGGGGCAAAUUCAGAACCCUGCUGUUCGGAAUCGUAUUCGGAAUCAUUGGGAUGGCGGUCAUCACCCUAUCGGCAACGGUCCAUCAGCUCAAACCGCCGCCGUGCAGCGCGUUGGCCCGGCAAGCCGGCACGUGCGUCGGUCCGUCGGCGCUCCACCGCGCUGUGCUCUACGUCGGCAUGGGGCUGAUCGUCGUGGGCUGGGGCGCGGCGAACCCCACCAGCCUGCCAUUCGGCGCCGACCAGUUCGACAAGAGCAACGAGCGGCACAAGGUAGGGCUCACGCGCUACUACAGCUGGUACUACGCCAUCGUCAUGAUGGCCUCGUUCGUGGCGCUCACCGUCGUGGUGUACGUCGAGGUCAAGGUGAGCUGGGGCCUCGGCUUCGCCAUCCCCACGGUGCUCAUGCUCGUCGCCUUGGCCGUGUUCCUCGUCGGCACCAAGGUCUACGUCAAAGUGCCGCCCGAGGGCAGCGUCUUCACGAGCGUCGCGCGGGUGGUCGUCGCGUCGUGCCGCAAGUGGAGGCUCCAGCUGCCGCACCUCGACGACGCGCGGCGGCAGGAGGAGGUCCUGUACAACCCUGAUCCCGCAGCGGGGAACGGCGGCCGUGUGCACAGGUUCGCUCUCACGUUGCAACUCAGCUUUCUGAACAAGGCGGCCAUCGUGACCGACGCCGACGAGAUACGGCCCGACGGCUCCCCAGCGAGGCCGUGGAACCUGUGCAGCGUGCAGCAGGUCGAGGAGGUGAAGUGUCUCGUCAAGAUCAUCCCCGUGUGGAUCUCCGCAAUGGUGUGGUUCACCGCGGUGACGGAGAUGACCAACUACACUUUCCUCCAGGCUUUAACCAUGGACCUCCACAUGGGCAGGCGCUUCACCAUCCCGCCGGUCUCGAUCAUCGCCGUAUUCUACCUCUGCAUUGCGCUCUUCGUGCCCGUCUACGACCUGCUCAUAGCCCGCGCCGCGAAGUGGGUCACCAAGGCGGAAGGCGGCAUCACUUUGCUUCAGAGGCAGGGCGCCGGGCUGGUGGUCGGCUCGCUGUCGUUCGUGGUCGCGGCCGUCGUGGAGCGCAGGAGGAGGCGCUCCGCGCUAGACCACGGCGACGGCAUGUCCCCGCUGUCCGUGUUCCUUCUGGCGCCGCAGCUCGCGGUGAUGGGCGUGUCGGGCGCGUUCAGCAUAGCGGGGCAGAUGGUGUUCUACAACACGCAGUUCCCGGACCAGAUGCGCUCGCUCGCCAACGCGGCCUUCUACUGCUCGCAGGGUGUCAGCAGCUACGUCGCCAUCCUCGUGGUCAACAUCGUGAACGCGAGGACUAGGCGGCACGGCGAGUCCGCCGGCUGGGUCAGGGAUGACAUCAGCGCCGGGAGGCUCGACUACUUCUACUACACCAUGGCCGUGCUCGGCGCGGCCAACUUCGUCUACUUCCUCGUGUGCGCGCACUUCUACCGGUACAAGGUCGAGCAGGGUCCUGACUCUCCUGCUGGACCUGAACCUGCACGGGACAGUGCUUCGACAAGCGGUAGUGAGGCCGCGCUCCUAGAGACGUAGUAUUUCCCCUACUGGAUGGGUCAUGGGUGCAGUACAUAUUCUCUUCUAAUAAAGUAGCUGGCUCUAGAUCAUUCUUUGUAUGUAGAAUCAUUUCUUAACUUGCUAGAUGAAAUAAAGAUGCCAUAAAAACAGCCAACAGAUCGAGCUUACACUUUACACCCCU